AGAUAAGUUUAAGAAAAAAGAAAGAAAGGGAAAAAAGAAGAAAUAAUCAUGGGUUCUAAGGCAUUCAUUUUGGCUUGCAUAGCCUUAUUCAUGGCUGUAAUGAUCACCACGGAGGUGGUUGCUCGGGACUUGGCUGAGACUUCCACCGUUCCAGUUGAUGAAGCAAAAUCAGAUGAAGUGACUACAGAAGUUGAGGACUCCAAGUAUUCUGAAGACGGACGUGGAGGAUAUAAUCGCGGAUAUGGUGGCGGCUACGGAGGAGGUCGAGGAGGAUACGGUGGCGGCUAUGGAGGAGGUCGUGGAGGGUACGGUGGCGGCUAUGGAGGAGGACGUGGAGGGUACGGUGGCGGUUAUGGAGGAGGACGUGGAGGAUACGGUGGCGGUCGGGGUGGAGGUUAUGGUGGCGGAUAUGGCGGUGGCCGGGGAGGUGGAUAUGGCGGAGGAUACGGUGGUGGCCAUGGUGGCGGACACGGUGGCGGUUAUGGUAACGGGGGCGGAUAUGGCGGUGGUCAUGGUGACGUUGUUGAUGCCAAUGAGCCCUAAACUUAGUAGUAUGAAUAUGCUUUUAGCAGCUACAGGUAGCUCUUUAUAAUAACGUUGUAUUGUGAGCAUAUGACAUACGAAAUGCUAUAUAUGAAUAAGAGCUAUCUUUUGACUUAUGUCUAAAACUUUACUAUCGGGUCACAUAACUUAAUAGUAGUGUAAUUUGAAUCAUUACUCUGAUAGUCUGAUUUCUAAAGAUAAUGAUGAAGCAAACGUACCCUUAUUUCCAAA